CCAAUUGCACCGUAGAUCGGGGCCCCUUUAUGUACCCCGCGCACAGGAAAGGUGUAAUGGUACACCAAAACGUUAUUUUACUGAAAAUUUACAAAUACUGUGUGUACGGAAAAGACGAGCUUGUACACUGGAGUUUACUAAUAAAUAAAAGUCGCUGAUGUGCAGUUUUCAGUAUGGAUAAGUACAUUGCUACCUAAAGACCAGGGCAUAGAAAAUUGAUACUGGAGCAGACGACAGCAUAUAUUAACAUGGCUGUUCCUGAAAAAGUAUAUGGGGACGAUCUGGCGGUCCUUAGUGACCUGACGGAAGACUCGCUACUCAAGGAGCUGAACCUCCGAUAUGAAAGAAAUAUCAUAUAUACGUAUCUUGGAGACGUUUUGGUCGCUGUGAAUCCAAACAAAAUGAUCCCAAUUUAUGGGAAAGAGGUAGGUUUUAUAUAUUCUGAAGCGAAGCUUCUCCAGGAUUUGGCUCCUCACAUCUACGCCAUUGCUAGCAAAGCGUACCGGACUUUGAUUUGGGGGAGGGUCAACCAAGCUAUCCUCGUCAGUGGAGAAUCAGGAGCCGGUAAAACAGAAAGCACAAAAAUGACAUUAGCACAGAUUGCUCGAAUGUCUAAGUCCGACGAGCCGACCAAAGUUGCAGAACAGAUUGUUGAGAUAAACCCGCUGCUGGAGGCAUUUGGGAACGCUAAAACUACAAUAAACGACAAUUCCAGUAGAUUUGGAAAGCUGAUUGAAGUCAUGUUCAAUAAACAAGGGAAACUAAUUGGAGCAAAAGUAACCGAGCACAUGCUGGAAAAGAGCCGCGUCAUUCAUUGUGGUAACGGAGAGAGAUCCUUUCACAUAUUCUACUACAUGUUCGCCGGUUUGUCGGAAAACGAAGUAAAUCGCUACUAUCUGUCUCGUCCGGAACAUUACAGAAUAACGGAUCCUGGACACGCAACACCAGUUUUUAUGUCGAAAGCAGAUUACGAACAACAUGGAAGUAGAUUCGCAGAAUUAAAAGAAGGAAUGAAUAACACGGGAUUUUCUCCUCAGACAGUCGAUAUGAUCUUUGCAAUGAUGGCAGGUAUCCUUCACCUCAGUAAUAUCGACUUUGCCCCUGAUCCAGAAAUACAGCAGAUUAUAAUUGUAAAUGAAGAAGAGGUGGAUUACAGUAGUCGACUACUGUCCCUACAAGCAGAGGACCUGGUCACAGUUCUGUUGGCUACGAAAAGUUUUGUCAGAGGUGAACGAAUCAUGAAGAUGAAGUCCAUGCACGAAGCGUGUGAUGGCAGGGACGCUUUAUGCAAGGCCUUGUACAGUAGACUCUUCAGCUGGAUUGUAAAAAGAGUCAAUGAAGUUCUUCACACAGAAGACACUGUCAGUUGGAAAUAUUCCAUCCUCAGACCCACAGAUGCAGGCGUCAUUAGUAUUUUGGACAUGGCUGGAUUUGAGAAUUUUCAAGUGAACAGCUUUGAACAGUUGUGUAUAAACAGUGCAAAUGAACAACUUCAGAGUUUUUUCAACACAUAUAUCUUCUCAUGGGAACUACAAGAAUAUCAAACGGAGGGCAUUAAACAACCGAAGAUUAAAUUCACAAACAAUAAGCAAAUUCUUGGACUGUUUUUCGAUAGACCCGUUGGAAUAUUUGCGAUACUCGAGGAUGACUGCAGAUUGCAAACUUCGACAGAUUUAUCAUUUGUGGAAAAUAUGAACAGAGAAUUUGUGAAAAACGUGGCUUAUCAAAAAUCGAAAUCAAGGGACCCUGUGUUUACCAUUGUUCAUUAUGCAGGCCAGGUUACAUACAACGCCACAGGUUUUAUCGAGAAAAACCGUGAAACACUGAAUAUCAACUUUAUAAGUUUGAUGCAGAACAGUCAUAACUGGUUAAUCAACGAUCUGUUUGAUGAUCGGCAAGAUAGAGAAACGAGGGACAUAGACAAGCGAAAUAGUGCGUGGACUGUACCUGAAUGGAAUCAACCAAAUAUGCCUUCUCUUGGUCCGGGGGAAACCCUGUCCAAAAGGGCCGGAAAGAAAAUCAAACAGAGAAUGAAUAGAGACCGCCCCUUACCAGCCAUACCGAGUGCGUCGGGUACCACAACUAGUGUUCAUUUCAGGAAUUCCUUGUCGUCUCUCGUGGAAAAUCUAAAGUCGUCCGAGCCCCAGUUUGUACGAUGUAUUAAGGCCAAUGCUGAGAAGCAGUACGGAUUCUUCGAUGCCAAACUUGUUCAAAACCAACUACGCAAUUCAGGUGUCUUUGAGACGACAAAAAUACGCCGACUAGGCUUUCCAACACGUCUGCACAUGCAGGAUUUUAUUAACAGAUAUAAAGCGAUAGCCUUCCCAAUAACGGAAUCAGUCGAGAUUACUGCUGCAAACUGUGAUAGAAUAUUAAGAAGAGCACAGAUCCAUGGCUGUGAAAUCGGCAAAUCCAAAGUCUUUCUAAAAUACUGGCAAGUGGAUCACCUAAAUAUGUGCAUGGACAAAUUUCUGUCUGAUCUUCGUCUUGUCCAGACAAGGAUUCAAAUGUAUCUUGCACGUAAACAGUUUCUAGAGAUGAUGCAAUACACCACAUACUGCAAAGAUGAAGUGUUUAUACUUGGAAAUAUGGUGACCAAAUCUGCAGAACUUUUUCACGUUAUGGUCUCUACAGAUGACUUGGACAAGAACAAGUAUAGAAAAAUGUUGGAGGAGGAAGAAGAAGAGAACAGACGCAGGAAUCAAAGACAGUCUCAACAUCGAAGAAGGGGGUUACCUACGCGAUCAGAGUAUAGUUCUUAUGAUUAUGAUAGGCCUGACUACGAUAUGAUGGAGGGAAGUUAUUACAACUACAACAACAGGCAGUCUGAAUAUUACCGUGAAAGGUCCCGAUAUGGUCCGCCCAGCGGAGGACGUCCUCUGUACCAAAUAGUGGAGGAAUCUUUGGUUCAUCUGUAUCAUAAAUGGGACAGUAUCGAUCCGGAUGCCUGGUGUAAAAUCAUCUACCUUGAAAAAGACAAAGUGGUCCAGAAGUUUUACAUUCUAGAAAGGGAAGUCACCAUUGAUGGAAAGGUUGGGUCAGAGUUUGACGGAGAAAGAAUCAGUCUUUCCUGUGUGCGCAAUGUGGACCGAGAUGACGAAACAGCGAACAUUUUGUCAUAUGUCGGACAGGGAGUCAAACUCCGAAAAGACAUGGACGGCAGCAUCACAGCAGUAAGGUUAGGCAAGAAUCCUAUGAUAGUGAAGGGUUACGACAAUCCCUCGGAGCACUGCUUUUCUUUGGAAGUCCUGAAUAACGAAGGACGACUGCCUCACCAUGUUCCUGUUAAGAUAUUUGACAUGGAAGAAUUUAAGUGUCAGAUGGGGAUCCAAAUGAAGAGCAAUAAUUCUGAUCAAAGGGUUCUUCGUCACCAGAGUGUUACUGGUAUUAGUUUAGUCAAAGACGAACCGGAGGCUGGAGACACACCGUGUUGGAUGCUUAUCAUCAAUCUGUGUGCUCUGAGAGCCAUUGAUGAUCCUACAGUGAUAACUCACGUAGAACAAAAGUUGGCUGAACUGGCAAACCGAACAGAAGAAGAAAAAGAAAUAGAAAUGGAGAAGCAGGAGAAAAAUAGGGAACUUGCUGCUAGAAACAAAGAAAGAAAGUGGAGUAAGCUUAACCCAAGGCAAGGAGUACAAGGAACGGAGGCACCACUGAGAAAAACAAAACUGGACCUACUGAAAAAAGGAAAAACUGUCGGAGAAAAUCUAUCCUACAGCUGGGAUAUAGAAGCUCAGAAAUCCAAACUUGUUCGAAACAUAGAAGACCUGCAGGAACAUUUUGAAGAGCCAGAGUCUCAUAUUGGAGGUUACAGGAACUCCAGACAGGAUUUUGAUGGAAGUGUUAUCAGUAGCAUGCUGUAUACACCGGGCACCGGAAACUCUGUAAGGAAGGACUGGGCGAAGAUCAAGGUCGCCAUCAAGCAAGAGAGAAGAAUGGAUGAAGAGACGCUACAAGAAAUCACUGAGGAAGAUGAAUAACAGAAUGUCAAAUAAAGGACUUACACAGGGUUAUACAAUAUGGCAUAAGAUAUUCAACAAUUCUCCAUGAUCUGUAUGCAUUUGCAGUUGUAUAUUAAGUCUUUUUUUAAAUAUAUGUAUAUUAAACGAUGUCUGCAAGGUAAGAAUUGAUUAGGUUCAGAUCCCAAGCUCUCUAGAUGGAAAAAUAUUGGUACAGAUCAGAGCGUCCCAAUAUUUCCCCCCGAGAGCUACAGAUCGAUAUGAACCGCAGAAAGAUAUUCUUGCAAAUCAUCAAACUGUGUAUGUUUUUAUAGAAUACUGAUGUCAUUGUUAUAAAGAAUGUAUGAAAAAGUAAAACCAAAGAACAUAUUCGCCGACUUCAUUUCCACCAUUACAUACUUCAUAAAAACACAGCAAUUUUAUUAUGUUGCGACCAGCAAUGAGAGAUUACACAAAGAUAAAAAUAUAUAAAAUACAUGUACAUGUAUUUUUCAUAUAGGUUUGCAAUAUUUACACCUCGUACAGUAAUUUAUAAAGAUAUUAUAUAUCAUUGAUAAAAUUUUGUAUAUUUACAGAUUGUUUGUGUUAGCAAUAAUCAAAGUACCUCAUAUCUCAUUUUCUCGAUUAACUCGGGCCGUGUACAUUUCCGAUAGAAAUAUAUUGGGGAUGGGGAAACAAUAAUGAAAUAGAAAACAAUUAGGUUAUUCACAAAAUACAGACAAUAAUCAAAAAUGCAGGAUACAACGUAGCCCAUGUAUACGAGGACACAUUUACGUACUGGAAUAUAGGCAGGGUAUCAAGAAUAUUGCAUAAUGCAUAAAAACCUAACAUGAUUCAGAUGCAUGUUAAAGUUUUUAAUAAGCAUAAUAUACAGGAGUAAUGUGAAAUGCGACAAAUCAUACUGUAGCAUUUCUUGUCAUGUAUGUAAAAUGGUCUAACAGCUUUUUAGAUUUUUGUUGUAUAGCUAUCUCUUUAAUCUCUAAUGAUAAUACAUUCCAAUAUUUCAUAGCACUGUAGAAGAAACUAUAAGACUCCGUACCUUUUUAUCUUGAGUAUACAACAUGUCUAAAGCACUUCUAGUAAAUUAAAUUAAAUGUUAUUAUUUGAUACAAAAUUACCACAAAGGUAAGCGAGUUCGCUUUGGUUAUAAAUAUCAAAAACAUGGUAUAGUCUUCAUUGUUUGACUCUGUCACCUAUUUUUAAUAUAUUCAGAGAGUCUAAAAUGUUACAGGAAGUACUCUCUCUGGGGCCUAGGUUUGAAAUAAACCUUACAACUUUA